AUUGGCCUAUAAAUUUUGACAUUACAACAGCAGGAUACACACAAAAAAUGAAAAAGAGAAGAUGCAUAUAUGCAUCACUUAAUUGUGUUAAUAGAAUAUAUAAUUGGGUUAUUUUUACCGUUGACAUUGUACUAAUUAUGUUCUUCCCAACACACUUUACUCCUAAUGUAAUGAUGUUUAAACCCUCCUAUCAACAAUUAAACAGAAAACGCAGGUUCCCUAUUAAUUAUACAUAUAAGAAAGGAUAAUAUAAAGCGUUCAUUAGCACGACUCAAAUAUAAAGUCAACUCUUUUUUUCGUUCUUUUUUUUGUUCUUGAGAGAAAGUAACAAUAUCCUUCAAACAAUCAUUAUCGUUGUUAAGAAACGAAAUCUUCACAUUUCAAUGUCCAAAGAUACAUAUUAAUAUAGAUGUUCAAAUGUUGCACGAUGUGUAGAAGAAAGAUAAAGAUAUCUAUAGAAAAAAAGACAGAGAAAGGACGCAGACUCAAUGACAGAGACAAGCAGCAGUUUUAUCAUAGUCCUAAUUAAUGAUUAAUGAUUUAUACAUUAAAUAACAAAAAAGAAGACGGAUUUUCAUAAUUGGCGAAGAUUUCUUGCGGCGUUUAUCAAUAAUUAUCGCAAUAAAUCUAGCUUUAAGGGAAAGUCAAUAUAACCUAGAUAUCAGACGUAUUUUACUAAAUAAGCCAUAUAAGAAGUUUUGUCUUUUAAUGGAAAAUAUUGUAAUUAAUAAGGUAUUUGGAAAAGGGUGAUGAUUUUCUCCUUUUUUCGUCCUUAUUAAAAACUACUUUUCUUUUAGUUGCUAUGAAUGCAGAAGAGACAGGGAGAGAGAGGGAGAUAGAAAGAAGGUGGGAGAAGAAAAAGAUUACAACUCUCUACUAUAACUCCCUAUAUAUCUAUUCUUUUAUAAAUGACAGAAUAGAAUGAAAAAACAGUUUUUGGAUAUAGCUAAAACAGACAAUGGAGAAUAAUAUUUUGUAGAAAUAAAAUUUCUAAUAUAAAAAAUUCCUAUGGGAAACUACCUAAUCUCUGAUAAAAAUGUUACUACUAGCUCCAUAAAUAGAAUCUAAAGGCGUUUAUAUGUUUUUGGAUUGUGAACAACAGAUCAAUAGUUGCUUCUCUCUCCCUCUCUCUCUCUCUAGUGAACUAACAGUCUAAUUGCUGAGAAGAGAAUGACAUGAAUGGAGAUAGUGAAAGAGUGAGCAAGAAAGAGAGAAAGAGAGAGAAACGGAGGUAUGGGAGGAGGGGUGUAUGAGGAGUUAAUAGAAAGAAACAUAGUUUUCUUUCUACUGCUUAUUAGCAAUGCUUAUAUUAUUAAUAUUGAGCAAUUGAGUGCUAAUUAACUCAAGUACAACUAAAUUUUAGUACUUGAAAGUCUUAUGCUCUCAAAUAGCAUAACUUUUAUAGAGAUAGGAGAAAUGAAGUGUCAAACACACUUGUAACAAUAUAACAUUAGGAAAAACGAUAAGUAAUUAAGAGAAAUGGGGACGUGAAAAACGUACAUAUAAUCUCUUUGAAACUUUCGAAAACAAAGUAAUUUCGAUCUUAUAUGAUUGUAAGCCUAUAAAUUAUUACUAGAGAACGCUCUGUUAAUGCUUUAGACGUUUUCAUAAGAAGAAUAAUAACGACGUCAUUCCUACCAAUGUACCGGAACGAAGUGAGCAAGUAACGGAAGAAGUCCUUUAUUAAGAUAUUACUAACAGCAUAUUCUAAUUAAGAGAGGCAGUUGGAUAGAGUCAGAGGAAGAGAGAACGAAAGAGAGAAAGACAAAGAAAGAGCGAGAGUGACAGUGUGUGUGUGUGUGUGUGUGAGAGAGAGAGAGAGAGAGAAGGAAAGGGUGGAUCAUAAAUAGAAAAGCGAAUAGAAAAAGAGAAGAUGGAAGGGUGAUAAAGCAUAUAUAAAACGACACGUGUGAAAAAAAAAUUAGACGCCCACCAAUAUCGAAAUAUAGAUAUAUAAACGGCUCGAAUUGCUUCAAGGGACUGCUGUGUCCAUAUGAUCAUUAAUCACGUAGCAGUGGCUUAUAAUUAUCAUUAUUAUACAAGGUCAAGGUCUGCUAUAAGCAAUAGACAAAUUGUAUGAGACGAAAAGAGGAAGAAGUUGGAGACGUAUGCUCUACUUAUAGGCUAUAAAGUCAGCAAAAAUUCGCUACAUUCCUUUAAUUAAAAAGUAUAAGUAGCCUACUUGCAGAAUGCAUGACUUGGAUCUUAAAUAUCUUACUGAAUAGUUGACUGAGCCUCUUUCAAUUGAGGUUUUCCUAUAGGUCUUUAAUGCGUUCUCUCCCUAUAGUGUUUUCGUGCAGUCUCUUAAUUAAUGUUAAAUAACGUUUCAUCUUUACAUAAUUACAAAUUUAAGACCAAGCUACAUUUAAAAUGUUGACAAAUAGGAAUAGCAGCAGAAUUAAGUAUAGGAAAGAUAAAGAGCAUAGAAAUGAGAAAGAGAGUGUGCAAAGAGAGAAGAGCGAAAAGUUUUCAAUCUAAUUCCUCACCCAGAAUUUGUUUACGUAGUAACGUACGCAUCUUAGAGGUGACCCCUAAUUGACCGCCGGCCGCAACCUAAAUGAUUUAGGCGUCGAACGCUAAUCCCAACAGCAAACUACUGCAAAAAGGCGGGUACGUUGGUUAGUGCACGUGUUAAUGCACUUUACCGCAAUAUAUACAAGAGAAAUAUUUAUCGAAUUUCGUGCUAUUUAUCAUCAGUUGGUUUAUUUAUAAAAGACUGUAUAUUAAACGGUUAAUGUGUAAAAUGACGUUACACUUUUUCAGUUCCGGCUGCCAUUGUUGACGAAUUUUCCAGUAACGAUGCGACAGUUGAUGAAGGGGAAACGGUAGUUCUUUACUGUAAUGUCACCGGAGUUCCUCGACCAGAAGUCACGUGGUAUAAAAAGCCAUUUCGCGGUUUGGAUAUCGACAGGCAAAAAUUAGAUAAAACAGGCGAAAUGCUUGUUAUAAAAAAUGUCUCACGCUAUUGUGAUGAUAUCUACUCUUGCGUUGCCGAAAAUGGUGUUUCUUCUGCCGUUAGUAGACAAAUGAGAGUGACGGUUGAAUAUCCUCCAGAAGUUACUCUUCCUUCUUCCAGAAUGAGACAAAUUCUGGGUAAAGCUACAAUGUUUGAAUGCAAGGUUAACGCCUUUCCUGUAGGAGAAACCAGUUGGAGGAAAUUCGGUGAAAAAAUACGAAUAAAGGAAGAAGAUUCUGGCUUCUCAACAGACGCCUAUGAAAUAGGUGGAAAUACUUGGGUUGUAACGUUAACAAUUACCAAGGUCAGACAAACUGAUUAUGGAAAAUAUGAAUGCUAUUCUAGCAAUCCAUUGGGUUCAGAUUCAGAGACAUUGGAAUUUUUCCCUUAUUCUGUUGAACCGAAACCGACUAAAAUAAGCGUUGAAUACAAUGAUAAAGAGAAACAUAAGCUGAAAAAAUCGACAGGAUACAAGCACGACAAAAAUUCGUCUAACAAAGAAUUACCGAUACGACGACGUGCUCGCAAUGGUUCGGGUGACAGCAAAAGCAAUAUGACGUCGCUGCAUCUGACCUUACUCGCCUUGACCUUGACUAUAACUUUUAUAAGUCUCAUUUGCUGAUUUCUCGAAAUCGACGACCUUUUCGUUCCUUUACAUUAAAUGACUCCUCAUAAUGUGUUUUUUUCUGUCUUAUUUUGGAUGAUAGUCCUCUUUUCUGUAUACUACACCUUACAAAGUAAUUCUCUCUCUCUCUCUCUCCUUCUCUCUAUCUUACUCUCUCUCUCUCACCCACUUCUCUCGAAUCUGCACUCAAACAGCUUCAAUUUUAAUCGACGAAGACUUUCUUCUUGAGUUUUUCGUGCUAAAAUUUUUAUCCUGGGUGAAGACUGCUCGGUUUUCUGCGAUCUCCAGGCAAUCCUGUACGUUGUUUUCCACUUAUUUUUGUAUAAGAAAAAAUAUCAGCAAAAACUUUCAAAUUUUCCAUUCAAUUCCUUUCAAGAUAAUCGGCGAGAGAACAAUUCCUUUUUUUAUGGUAGUGGCGCCAUCCAACGCUCAAAAGAAAUCAUUCGAGAGAGUUUUUAUAAAUUUACAUUUAUGUAUAUCGUAUAUCAUAUCUAUAUACAUAUAUAUAUAUAAAGUAUAUAUAU